AAAUCCAAACUAGUUUCAUUUAAUCUAAGGAACUUUAGAGAGAGAGAGAGGAAGAAGAAGAAGAAGAAGCUGAGAGAACAGAGAAAACAGUCUCUCUCCUCUUCGGCCUUCUCUUCCACCUCCAAAAUCUCCUCUUCACCAAUUAGUCCAUUAAAGAUUGAUUUUAUUUUAUUUUUAUUGAGUAUAGAUUAGAUUAUUUAAGCAACUCGACAUUCUCCCAUACCUUUAGCAAACAUUCAUGAACAAUUGAGCAAAACAUCUGGAGUUUCAACAACCUUCUGAUUGUUCAUCCAAGGAUGAUGUUUCUUCCCAGUUCCACCACCAUUUUCCUGUUUUGUCUCUUUACCUCAUUGUCUCCUCCGUUUAUCAGCGCCGCCGCCUUCAACCUCACUCUCCCCCAUCAACACCCCUACCCUGAAGCUGUGGUUCACGAAGUUCAGAGGAGAGUUAAUGAAUCGGUUUCGAGGAGGGUCUUGGUGUCGACGACGGAGAAGGACCAAUGCCUGACCGGAAACCCCAUCGACGACUGCUGGCGGUGCGCAGGGGACUGGGCGAGCAACCGGCAGCGGCUGGCGGACUGCGGCAUUGGGUUCGGGCAAGCGGCGAUGGGCGGGAAAGGCGGCAAGAUCUACAUAGUCUCCGACUCCUCCGACGAGGACACGGUAGAGCCGAAGCCGGGGACGCUCCGGCACGCCGUGAUCCAAACGGAGCCCCUCUGGAUCAUCUUCGCCGCCGACAUGACCAUCAAGCUGAAGCACGAGCUCAUCUUCAACAGCUACAAGACCGUGGACGGGCGCGGCGCCAACGUCCACAUCACCGGCGGCGGCUGCAUUACCCUCCAGUACAUCAGCAACGUCAUCAUCCACAACGUGCACAUUUACAACUGUGUCCCCACCGGCAACACUAACAUACGCUCCAGCCCGACGCACGUCGGGUACAGAAGCAAGUCCGACGGUGACGCCAUCUCCAUAUUCGGGUCCAGGAAUAUCUGGAUCGACCACUGCGCUUUAUCUCAUUGUACCGACGGCUUAGUCGACGCCAUCAUGGGCUCCACCGCCAUCACCAUCUCAAACAGCUAUUUCUCCCACCACGAUGAGGUUAUGCUACUGGGACACGACGAUAAAUACUUGCCGGACUCCGGCAUGCAGGUAACAAUUGCUUUCAAUUACUUCGGGGAAGGAUUAGUGCAAAGGAUGCCGCGGUGCCGGCGGGGUUAUAUACACGUGGUGAACAACGAUUUCACGGAAUGGAAAAUGUAUGCUAUCGGCGGCAGCGCUAACCCCACCAUUAACAGCCAGGCCAACCGCUAUACUGCGCCGGCGGACGCUAGUGCUAAGGAGGUGACGAAGCGCGUGGAUACAAACGAGGGAGAGUGGAGUGACUGGAACUGGAGGACGGACGGGGACAUAAUGGUAAACGGAGCAUUCUUCGUGCCUUCCGGCGACGGCGCGCGCGUGACCGGGCAAUACGCAAAGGCCUCCAGCCUGGAGCCGAAGUCGGCGGAGCUCGUCGACCGGAUCACCAUGAACGCCGGUUGCCUCGGCGGAUCCAGGGACAACAACAUGUAUGGAGGGACAACUACCAGCACAAGCCAGUCGCACAGUAGUGGUGACGACUUCUUUGGGAUGAUAUUUGGGAGCGGCGCUAAAGCAUCGCCCCCUACCCCAACCACCACCAUCUUUUUGUCUGUUCUAAUUAUUUCAGUUUUGUACAUUUGCUCCAAUGGAGCUGGGCAAUUGUGACAAACAUUGUAAUUAUUGAUGUAAAAAAUCAAGAAAAAUAUUAUUGUCAUUUUGAAGAAGCAAUGAAAGGAAAUGCAAAUUUGCCUCA